UUUAUAAUAAUCGCCAGGGCAAGGCAGACCCGUCGCAUUCCCAUGCUCUCAGCGUUCCUCCGCCGCCGCCUAUCUGAAUCCUAAGCCUCAUCUUCUCCGAGUUAACCGUCGGUCUUCGAUCGGACAAAGAGAAAAGAAAUAAAAGAUGAAGAAAAUUCCCACAAGAGCGGCGGACUUCAGCCCGGGCGUCCUCGAUCUCUGGCACCGGGAACUCGGCGGCUUCACUCCCCAAGCCUUCGCCCGCCGCUUUGGCGCUUCGGAGGACCUUGUUAUGCGUUUCCGGAUCUAUAGAAAGUUAGACAAUCAUAGAGGCUGUGUCAACACCGUGAGCUUCAAUGCAGAUGGUGACAUUCUCAUUUCUGGGUCUGAUGAUCAAAAGGUGAUUCUGUGGGAUUGGGAUGCUGGAUAUAUCAAAUUAUCCUUUGAUUCAGGUCAUUCAAACAAUGUUUUCCAUGCUCGAUUCAUGCCGUACACAGAUGAUCGGACCAUUGUUACAUGCGCUGCAGAUGGUCAGGUUAGACAUGCUGAGAUACUACAAGGUGGAAAGGUGGCUACCACAUUGCUAACUAAUCAUGUUGGUCGAGCUCAUAAGUUAGGUAUUGAGCCAGGGAGCCCCCAUACGUUUUAUAGCUGUGGUGAAGACGGAGUAGUCCAGCAUAUUGAUUUGAGAACAAAAAAUGCUACCAAGCUAUUUACAUGCACAUUGGAUGAUGGUGAAGUCAAUCAUCUAAAUGCUAUUGCAAUAAAUCCAAGCAGCCCAAAUCUAUUUGCAAUUGCUGGAACAGAUGUCUAUGCACGAGUUUAUGACAUUCGCAAAUAUAAGUCUGAUGGAUCAACUGAUUGUGGAUAUCCUAGUAAUAUGUUUUGUCCACUUCACCUCAUUGAUGGUGAUCAUGAUACUGGAAUUACAGGCGUGGCAUUCUCAGAUCAGGGUGAGCUGCUGACAUCGUACAGUGAUGAGCAUAUAUAUCUUUUCACAAAAGAUCAUGGGCUUGGGCCACGUGCAGACAGAGUGUUUCCGGAAUCUAGUUUGGAUGUUGAUACUGGAGUUGGACCUAGCUUGGCUUCACCUCUGUCUCAAUCUGGAAAUCAGAUUGUACCUCAGAUCUUCAAAGGACACACUAAUUGUGAGACUGUGAAAGGUGUGGGUUUUUUUGGUCCAAAUUGUGAGUAUGUUACCAGUGGUUCAGACUGUGGGCGAGUUUUUAUUUGGAGGAAGAGGGAUGGGAAACUUUUACGGGCAAUGAAAGGAGAUAAAUAUGCGGUCAAUUGUAUUGAGGCUCAUCCAUGUACUCCUGUCAUUGCAACUAGCGGCAUUGAGAAUGAUGUAAAGAUUUGGACACCAACUGCUCUUGAACAAUCUUCACCUGUUAAAUUAGAGGAGUUAGAGUGCAAGAACCAAAAGACUAGAUUUCUUCGCUUUGCUCUUCCAGAAGAUAUGAUAGCUCAAAUCUUUGCACUUCAGAGGAUGCAAUCUAGGGCAGAUGACAAUCAUGAUCCAGACUUAAGGGAUGCUAUAAUGCAUCUUAGGAACAGAGAUCAUUCAGAUGGGGAUAGCGAGGAUGGGGAUACCUCAGCGAAUCCUGGGGACUGUAUAGUUAAUUAAUGAACCUCCUAAUUGCUGCAGUUGAAAUUUGUACAUUAAUAGAAAAAGAAAAAAAAAUCUGGUUUUCAACUAAGAUGCUUACAAGUGAUUGUGAGUAUCGACUUUCUUAAUAUUGGUUUAUCUAUACUGGUGAAUAAUCUUUGUAUUUAUUGAUGCUGUCUUUCGUUAUAUUAGAGUAUAAGGUGAAGUCAUCCCCUUGAUGAUUCCUCUAGGGCAGUUUAGUUUUACACUUUGAAAGAGGAUAAAUUACGGGAAACAUUUGUCGUAGUGCAACGGUCCUUUGUAUGGAGGAAGUUAGAUAUCUAGUGAGAUAUUUUAUAUUUAUUGGGGAUUGAUCUCAAAACCUAUUAGAGUAAGCAUCUAAAUAUGUACCAAUUGUCUUUCAUUGUAUUGUAGCUUAUGGAGAUGGCAAUGUGUACAUUAACAUAGUUUUGAAGAUGAAA